AUGGCUGCCAGUAUCUGGAAGAAUAUUGAAUGCAAAUCUUCUUCAUGCAAUUCUCCAAACAAGAAAUGGCCUAGAGCCGGACCGAGCAACCAUGUUCCAGCUGAGCCUAACGAGACAGAGAACUGUCUCAUAACAAGGGACUUAGCGGCUGAUUUCCCUGUUUAUCUUUGCCAUGUCUUUCAUGAACGUUACUGGAGCAAUCACCCUAUGCUAUCGCGUCUCGAAUGGGCAUGGGGAAUGAAAUACGACACCAUUAAGAUGGAUGUAGACUCGAACAUGAUAUCGCUUCGUCAUGAUUGGCGUGAUUUAUUUGAAUCUGAUCGCUGGGCUCUGAUGCCCUCGAUGGAUAUAAUUGAAAAGCUAUGGGACCGCUGGGAUAAAUUUCCCCUUCAUGAGGGUAAUGUUCCAUCGAUUGAGGAUAUGUACGACGGUGCAGAGAUUUUCGAGUACCGUUUAGUGCCAGUAUUCCCCAAUGUUCCUCCCGUUUCCCGUUGCAACGGGGCUGAACACAUUUCGGGGGGCAAUAGGGACGAUACUGUAGGCGCCACUGUCUAUUCGUAUCCAUUCGACACUCUACCACCAAUCUUCUCAAGAGUCAAGCCUCACUUUGUGGUGCUCAAUGCUGGCAGAAAGCUUGACAUGAUUUCCUACAAAUGCUGCACCACCACUCCUGCUAUGGCUCGUAUCUAUGGAGUCCCACAGAAAUAG